CCCACCGCGCCUGCGCAGGCGCCGUCCGUCCACUCCGCGGAGGACUACGUUUCCCAGAAGGCGCCGCGGGGCCGGACCGUGGCGCAGGCAGCGGGGAUGGCGGGCGAGCCGUUUGACCCCACCCGGCCCCCGGUCGUCGAGGGCUUCAGCCCCAGCGCCCACUAUAAAGCGGAGGGCUUCAAGGAGAAGUUCCUGCGCAAGACUCGCGAGAACCCGGUGGUGCCCAUCGGUUGCCUGGCCACGGCCGCCGCGCUGUCGUACGGACUGUACUGCUUCCACAGCGGCAACAAGCAGAAGUCCCAGAUGAUGAUGAGGACGCGGAUCGCCGCCCAAGGCUUCACCCUCACCGCCAUCCUGGUGGGCUUGGCGGCCUCGGCCAUGAAAGCCCGCAACUGAGUCUCCCCGGGGGGACCCCCUUCCCCGCCCCGGCUUCCUGCCCUCAUCCCACCCACGCCGCGUCCGGCUUGGGGAUGCGGGGGGAACGAUUUGGGCGCGCUGCGUAACGCUCUCAUUGGCGUCGCCAUUAAAGUUUAACACAAGUUGAGUGCGGUA